AAAUGAAUUGAAAGUAUUCUAUUGCUGAGCGAAAACUACGAUAUUGUUAGUUUAGUGCAAAAGCUUUUGGACUAAUUGAUUUAACUACAUUUCAAAGAUUGAUACGGUGUGGAGUUGGGCAUCAGCCCCGCUGCGUUUAGCAGCUACAACAAACAGAAUGGGAGACACACUGAUUGACACACAACGACCACCAUCACCAGCUAGAUUAUCGCACACAUCCGAAAAGCAUCCGAAGGUUACGCUAACUGAAUUGAAUGUAUUGCGACGACAUCGUGAAUUGUGCGAUGUUGUGCUCAAUGUUGGUGGCCGAAAAAUAUUUGCACAUCGUGUUAUUUUAUCGGCAUGUAGCCCAUAUUUUCGGGCCAUGUUCACUGGCGAAUUGGAAGAAUCACGCCAAACCGAAGUAACAAUUCGUGAUAUUGAUGAAAAUGCAAUGGAAUUGUUAAUUGAUUUUUGUUAUACGUCACACAUCAUUGUUGAAGAAUCAAAUGUACAAACGUUAUUACCAGCCGCAUGUCUAUUGCAAUUGGCUGAAAUUCAAGAUAUUUGUUGUGAAUUUUUGAAACGUCAAUUAGAUCCCACCAAUUGUUUGGGCAUUCGUGCAUUUGCUGAUACCCAUUCAUGUCGUGAACUUUUACGCAUCGCCGAUAAAUUUACGCAACAUAAUUUCCAAGAGGUGGUUACCGAAAGCGAGGAAUUUCUUUUAUUGCCCGUUGGGCAACUAGUCGAUAUUAUUUGCAGUGAUGAACUAAAUGUUCGAUCGGAAGAGCAAGUUUUUAAUGCGGUCAUGGCAUGGCUUAAAUAUAAUGUAGCUGAUCGAAGACAACAUCUGGCAACAGUAUUACAACAUGUACGACUUCCAUUGCUCAGUCCAAAAUUUCUGGUUGGCACAGUUGGUUCGGAUUUGUUGGUUCGAUCGGAUGAAGCAUGUCGUGAUUUAGUUGAUGAAGCCAAAAAUUAUCUACUUUUACCACAAGAAAGACCACUGAUGCAAGGACCGAGAACAAGACCAAGAAAACCAACUAGACGCGGCGAAGUAUUAUUUGCUGUUGGUGGCUGGUGUUCGGGUGAUGCAAUUGCAUCGGUUGAACGAUUUGAUCCACAGACAAACGAUUGGAAAAUGGUAUCACCGAUGAGCAAGCGUCGAUGCGGUGUUGGUGUUGCAGUUUUAAAUGAUUUAUUAUAUGCAGUUGGCGGACAUGACGGCCAAAGCUAUUUGAACAGUAUUGAAAGAUAUGAUCCACAAACAAACCAAUGGUCAUGUGAUGUGGCUCCAACAACUUCGUGCAGAACUAGCGUGGGCGUUGCUGUUCUGGAUGGUUUUCUCUAUGCAGUUGGGGGCCAAGAUGGUGUUCAAUGUUUGAAUCACGUUGAACGAUAUGAUCCAAAAGAAAAUAAAUGGUCAAAGGUUGCCCCAAUGACGACUCGUCGAUUAGGUGUUGCUGUUGCUGUUUUAGGUGGUUACUUGUAUGCAAUUGGUGGUUCAGACGGCCAAUGCCCGUUAAAUACUGUUGAAAGAUAUGAUUCAAGGCAAAACAAAUGGUGUGCUGUUAGUCCCAUGUCAACUAGACGGAAACAUUUAGGCUGUGCCGUAUUUAAUAAUUACAUUUAUGCCGUGGGUGGUCGUGAUGAUUGUAUGGAAUUAUCGUCGGCUGAACGAUACAAUCCGCACACUAAUACAUGGAGCCCAAUUGUCGCAAUGACGUCCAGAAGGAGUGGAGUUGGAUUAGCGGUGGUUAAUGGCCAGCUGUAUGCAGUAGGUGGUUUCGAUGGUACGGCCUAUCUAAAGACUAUAGAAGUAUAUGAUCCCGAAACAAAUCAAUGGCGAUUGUGUGGAUGCAUGAACUAUCGUAGAUUAGGUGGAGGUGUGGGUGUAAUGCGAGCACCGCAGACAGAGAAUUAUAUGUGGAUACGUAAGGAUUCAGUUGUUUAAGAACACAUCUAUUGGCGAGAUCGAGGUCAAUAUGUAUAAAAAUUUAUCCUGGACACAAAUUGAAAAUGAAUAAUAUUGCUAUCAUUCUUACAAAAUUAACCGCAAGUAUAUGUGUUGUGCAUCUUAUUUGCAUGUCCAUCAAUUGUAUCACCACAAUAGUUGUUACAUCAUAUGGUGCAUUGGAACUUUAUUAGUCCACAUUCACCAUUUUGCAUUUGCACCAUCCGGCUACUAUACGACUAAAUUUGUAGGAUUACAGUCAUAUAUGCACCGUCAAACAUUUCAUACAGAAAUCAUACGCUGCGACCGGUUCGAUACGGCUUUAAAACGAUGAUUAUUAGCACAAUGUUGAAGAAAAGAUUUGAAGCAACAGCAGCACUUGUAUGUUAAAUACUAUAAUAAUUCAAUCAAAAUCAAAUAACUAGGUGACGCUAUAUUGCAAACUGAGUCAUACUGUAAAAAUUUCAAUUUAAACAAAAAAAAAAACACAUUUAUCAUUAUUAUUAUCAUUAUAAAUAUUAUUAUUAUUUUUAUUAUUAUCAUCAUUUUUUCUGUGUGGAUUAUGGUUCAUCUAGAAAAUAAAUGCUAAAAUAAAUGAUAGUUAAAUUAUACUCAUUCGUUCAAAGAAAAACCAAACUGUUUAAUUUAUGUAAUAAAUUUAACCGGAUACAUGUUUUUACAAUACUAAAA